CCUAGAACAUAGAUACAGAGACACUUGUCAUCAGGAGGUGCUCUCUCAGCGCAAUGGAAAAUAUCUCAAUGACUUGACAUGUUCUGGUUGUGAAUUCAGGCUACAAGGGGUCAGUGCUUGAAAAUGAGUCUCUCUGGUGAAAAAGAGGAGGGGGCCCUGCCUCUAAAAUGAGUCUCUGUGAGGAACAUGACUCCAAAGAUAAGAGACCAAUCCAGCAGGAGAGACCAGCCUCCCCUGUUCCCAGCUGUGUGUCCAUGAAGAGUGACUGGUCUAUGAUGCAACCUAUAUACUUUAGAGCGGGAGACUUUUCUACUGAACAAAGCCCAAUCAAGCAGGAGAGACCAGCCUCCCCUGUUCCCAGCUGUGUGUCCAUGAAGAGUGACAAGUCUAUGGGACCUCCUCUAAACUUUAGAGAGGGAGACUUUUCUACUGAACAAAGAAACCAACAGGAGAGAUCAGAGUCAGAGAUUCUCAGUGGUCAGUCUUCACAGAGUCAUCAAACAGGCCUGGACUCCAUAUUCAGUUUGCUUGAAGAGAAUAUUAUUAGAUUUGUGAAGAACGAGCUGAAGAUGUUCAAGAGGAUUCUUAGUCCAGAACUCCCAGAAGGCUUUGAGAGUCAGAAGCAGGAUAAGGAAGUGGUGGAUGCUGAAGAUGAGAAGCAGGAGAGCAGUGCCAGAGAGGGGGCUCUGAAGAUCACACUGCACAUCCUGAGGAAAAUGAACCAGAAGGAGCUUGCUGACACACUGGAGAAAUAUUCAGAUGAUCUUGCUGUGAUUUGCCAACGUGAACUCAAAUCUAAUCUCAAGAAGAAGUUUCAAUGUGUAUUUGAGGGAAUCGCUAAACAAGGAAACCCAACACUUCUCAAUAAGAUCUACACAGAGCUCUACAUCACAGAGGGUGGAACAGGAGAGGUCAAUAAUGAACAUGAGCUGAGACAGAUUGAGACAACAACCAGGAAACAAGCAAGACCAGAGACUCCAAUCAAAUGUAACGACAUCUUCAAACCCUUAACUGGACAAGACAAACCUAUCAGAACUGUGCUGACAAAGGGAGUCGCUGGCAUUGGAAAAACAGUCUCUGUGCAGAAGUUCAUUCUGGACUGGGCUGAAGGAAAAGCAAAUCAGGAUGUCCAAUCUGUAUUUUCAUUUCCUUUUCGGGAGCUGAAUUUGAUGAAAGAGGACAAACACACUUUCAUUGAACUUCUUCAUCACUUCUCAAUGGAAACCAAACAAUCAAGAAUCUCCAUCAACAACAAGUACAAAGUUCUGUUCAUCUUUGAUGGUCUGGAUGAGUGCCGACUGCCCCUAGACUUCCAGAAGAACAAGAUCUGUUGGGACGUCACAGAGUCAACCUCAGUGGAUGUUCUGCUGACAAAUCUCAUCAAGGGAAAUCUGCUUCCCUCUGCUCUCCUCUGGAUAACUACCCGACCUGCAGCAGCCAAUAAGAUCCCUUCAGGGUGUGUUGACCAGGUGACAGAGGUACGAGGGUUCAAUGACCAACAGAAGGAGGAGUACUUCAGGAAGAGAUUCAGUGAUGAGGACCUGGCCAGCAGAAUCAUCUCACACAUAAAGACAUCAAGGAACCUCCACAUCAUGUGCCACAUUCCAGUCUUCUGUUGGAUUUCUGCAACAGUCCUUGAACACAUGCUGGAACAUAAGAGAGAAGAGAUUCCCAAGACUCUGACUGAGAUGUACACACACCUUGUGGUGUUUCAUACCAAACAGAAGAAUGAAAAGUAUCUUGGGGAAGAAGAGACAGGUCCACACUGGAAUAAAGAGAGCAUUCUGUCACUGGGAAAACUGGCUUUUCAGCAGCUUGUGAAGGGCAAUCUGAUUUUCUAUGAAGAAGACCUGAAAGAGGCUGGCAUUGAUGUCAAUGAAGCCUCAGUGUACUCAGGAUUGUGCACACAGCUCUUUAAAGAGGAAUGUGGGCUGUACCAGAACAAGGUGUACUGCUUUGUUCAUCUGAGCAUUCAGGAGUUUCUGGCUGCUGUAUAUGUGUUCCUCUCAUUCAUCAACAACAAUGAGAAUCUAAUAGACGAACCUCAAUCAAUAUUCAGAUUAUUUUCGUCGCUCUUCAGAGACAAGCCUGAAGUUACUGUCUACAAGAGUGCUGUGGAUAAAGCCUUACAAAGUGAGACGGGAAACCUGGACCUUUUCCUCCGCUUCCUUCUGGGCCUCUCACUGGAGUCCAAUCAGAAGCACUUACAAGGUCUACUGACAAAGACAGGAAGCAGCUCACAGAGCCAUGAAGAAACAGUCAAGUACAUCAAGGAGAAGAUCAGGGAGAAUCCCUCUCCAGAGAGGAGCAUCAAUCUGUUCCACUGUCUGAAUGAACUGAAUGACCAUUCUCUAGUGGAGGAGAUCCAAAGCUACCUGAGAUCAGGAAGUCUCUCAGAACCCAACCUGUCACCUGCACAGUGGUCAGCUCUGGUCUUUGUGUUGCUGACUUCAGAAAAGGAGCUGGAUGUGUUUGACCUGAAGAAAUACUCCAGAUCAGAGGAAGGUCUUCUGAGGCUGCUGCCAGUGGUCAAAGCCUCCAGAGCUGCUCUGCUGUCAGGCUGUGGAGUCACAGAGGAAGGCUGUGCUUCUCUGGUCUCAGCUCUGAGGUCAAACCCCUCACACCUGAGAGAGCUGGAUCUGAGUAACAACGACCUGAAGGAUUCAGGAGUGAAGCUGCUCUCUGAUGGACUGGGGAAUCCCCACUGUAAACUGGAGACUCUGAGGCUGUCAGGCUGUCUAGUCACAGAGGAAGGCUGUGCUUCUCUGGUCUCAGCUCUGGAGUCAAACCCCUCAAACCUGAGAGAGCUGGACCUGAGUAACAACGACCUGAAGGAUUCAGGAGUGAAGCUGCUCUCUGCUGGACUGGGGAAUCCCCACUGUAAACUGGAGACUCUGAGGCUGUCAGGCUGUCUAGUCACAGAGGAAGGCUGUGCUUCUCUGGCCUCAGUUCUCAGUUCAAACCCCUCACACCUGAGAGAGCUGGAUCUGAGUAACAAUGACCUGAAGGAUUCAGGAGUGAAGCUGCUCUCUGCUGGACUGGGGAAUCCCCACUGUAAACUGGAGACUCUGAGGCUGUCAGGCUGUCUAGUCACAGAGGAAGGCUGUGCUUCUCUGGUCUCAGCUCUGAGGUCAAACCCCUCACACCUGAGAGAGCUGGACCUGAGCUACAAUCACCCAGGAGACUCAGGAGUCAGACUGCUCUCUGCUGGACUGGAGGAUCCACACUGCAGACUGGAGAAACUCAAUGUGGAACAUGGUGGAGAGAACAGAAUGAAACCUGGACUUAGAAAAUAUGUCUGUGAUCUCACACUGGACCCAAACACAGUAAACAGACACCUCUCUCUGUCUGAGGAGAACAGAAAGGUGACAUGGAGGACAGAGGAGCAGCCGUAUCCUGAUCACCCAGAGAGAUUUGAGGACUGGGGACAGGUGCUGUGUAGAGAGGGUCUGACUGGGCGCUGUUACUGGGAGGUAGAGUGGAGUGGGAGAGGGGCUGAUAUAGGAGUGACAUAUAAAGGAAUCAACAGGAGAGGAAGGGGUGAUGAAUGUUGUCUUGGAUGGAAUGACAAGUCCUGGAGUCUGUUCUGCUCUGACAACCGUUACAUUGCCUGUCACAAUAAUAAUCUCACUACCAUAGACGUCCCCCCCUCCAGCUCCCACAGAGUAGGAGUGUAUCUGGACUGGCCAGCCGGCACUCUGUCCUUCUAUAGAGCCUCCUCUGACACACUGACCCACCUGAUCACAUUCACCUCCACAUUCACUGAGCCCCUCUAUCCAGGGUUUAGGAUUUAUAAUGUUGACUCCUCAGUGUCCCUGAAAGCUGCAAGGGGUCAGUGCUCUAAAAUGAGUCUCUCUGGGGAGAGAGUGGAGGGGGGCCCUGCCUCUAAAAUGAGACUCUCUGGGGAACAUGACACCAAAGCUAAGAGACCAAUCCAGCAGGAGAGACCAGCCUCCCCUGUUCCCAGCUGUGUGUCCAUGAAGAGUGACGGGUCUAUGGAUCAACCUCUAUACUUUAGAGAGGGAGACUUUUCUACUGAACAAAGACCAAUCCAGCAGGAGAAACCAGCCUCCCCUGUUCCCAGCUGUGUGUCCAUGAAGAGUGACGGGUCUAUGGAUCCUCCUAUAAAGUUUAGAGAGGGAGACUUUUCUACUGAACAAAGAUACCAACAGGAGAGAUCAGAGUCAGAGAUUCUCAGUGGUCAGUCUUCCCAGAGUCAUCAAACAGACCUGGCCUCCAUAUUCAGUAUGCUUGAAGAGAAAAUCAUGACAUUUGUGAAGAACGAGCUGAAGAUGUUCAAGAGGAUUCUUAGUCCAGAACUCCCAGAAGGCUUUGAGAGUCAGAAGCAGGAUAAGGAAGUGGUGGAUGCUGAAGAUGAGAAGCAGGAGAGCAGUGCCAGAGAGGGGGCUCUGAAGAUCACACUGCACAUCCUGAGGAAAAUGAACCAGAAGGAGCUUGCUGACACACUGGAGAAAUAUGAGUUUGCUGUGAUUUGCCAACGUGAACUCAAAUCUAAUCUCAAGAAGAAGUUUCAAUGUGUAUUUGAGGGGAUCGCUAAACAAGGAAACCCAACACUUCUCAAUAAGAUCUACACAGAGCUCUACAUCACAGAGGGUGGAACAGGAGAGGUCAAUAAUGAACAUGAGCUGAGACAGAUUGAGACAACAACCAGGAAACAAGCAAGACCAGAGACUGCAAUCAAAUGUAACGACAUCUUCAAACCCUUAACUGGACAAGACAAACCUAUCAGAACUGUGCUGACAAAGGGAGUCGCUGGCAUUGGAAAAACAGUCUCUGUGCAGAAGUUCAUUCUGGACUGGGCUGAAGGAAAAGCUAAUCAGGAUGUCCAAUUUGUAUUUUCAUUCCCUUUCCGGGAGCUGAAUUUGAUGAAAGAGGACAAACACACUUUCAUUGAACUUCUUCAUCACUUCUCAAUGGAAACCAAACAAUCAAGAAUCUCCAUCAACAACAAGUACAAAGUUCUGUUCAUCUUUGAUGGUCUGGAUGAGUGCCGACUGCCCCUAGACUUCCAGAAGAACAAGAUCUGUUGGGACGUCACAGAGUCAACCUCAGUGGAUGUUCUGCUGACAAAUCUCAUCAAGGGAAAUCUGCUUCCCUCUGCUCUCCUCUGGAUAACUACCCGACCUGCAGCAGCCAAUAAGAUCCCUUCAGGAUGUGUUGACCAGGUGACAGAGGUACGAGGGUUCAAUGACCCACAGAAGGAGGAGUACUUCAAGAAGAGAUUCAGUGAUGAGGACCUGGCCAGCAGAAUCAUCUCACACAUUAAGACAUCAAGGAGCCUCCACAUCAUGUGCCACAUUCCAGUCUUCUGUUGGAUUUCUGCAACAGUCCUUGAACACAUGCUGAAACAUAAGAGAGAAGUGAUGCCCAAGACUCUGACUGAGAUGUACACACACCUUGUGGAGUUUCAUACCAAACAGAAGAAUGAAAAGUAUCUUGGGAAAGAAGAGACAGGUCCACACUGGAAUAAAGAGAGCAUUCUGUCACUGGGAAAACUGGCUUUUCAACAGCUUGUGAAGGGCAAUCUGAUUUUCUAUGAAGAAGACCUGAAAGAGGCUGGCAUUGAUGUCAAUGAAGCCUCAGUGUACUCAGGAUUGUGCACACAGCUCUUUAAAGAGGAAUGUGGGCUGUACCAGGACACGGUGUACUGCUUUGUACAUCUGAGCAUUCAGGAGUUUCUGGCUGCUGUAUAUGUGUUCCUCUCAUUCAUCAACAACAAUGAGAAUCUAAUGGACGAACCUCAAUCAAUGUUGGACAAACUGCAAACAAACGACGAGUCUGCAGUUAUUUUCUACAAGAGUGCUGUGGAUAAAGCCUUACAAAGUGAGACAGGAAACCUGGACCUUUUCCUCCGCUUCCUACUGGGACUCUCACUGGAGUCCAAUCAGAAGCACUUACGAGGUCUACUGACGAAGACAAGAAGCAGCUCACAGAGCCAUGAAGAAACAGUCAAGUACAUCAAGGAGAAGAUCAGGGAGAAUCUCUCUCCAGAGAGGAGCAUCAAUCUGUUCCACUGUCUGAAUGAACUGAAUGACCAUUCUCUAGUGGAGGAGAUCCAAAGCUACCUGAGAUCAGGAAGUCUCUCAGAAGCCAACCUGUCACCUGCACAGUGGUCAGCUCUGGUCUUUGUGUUGCUGACUUCAGAAAAGGAGCUGGAUGUGUUUGACCUGAAGAAAUACUCCAGAUCAGAGGAAGGUCUUCUGAGGCUGCUGCCAGUGGUCAAAGCCUCCAGAGCUGUUCUGCUGUCAGGCUGUGGAGUCACAGAGGAAGGCUGUGCUUCUCUGGUCUCAGCUCUGAGGUCAAACCCCUCACACAUGAGAGAGCUGGACCUGAGUAACAAUGACCUGAAGGAUUCAGGAGUGAAACUGCUCUCUGCUGGACUGGAGAAUCCCCACUGUAAACUGGAGACUCUGAGGCUGUCAGGCUGUCUAGUCACAGAGGAAGGCUGUGCUUCUCUGGUCUCAGCUCUGGAGUCAAACCCCUCACACCUGAGAGAGCUGGACCUGAGUAACAAUGACCUGAAGGAUUCAGGAGUGAAGCUGCUCUCUGCUGGACUGGGGAAUCCCCACUGUAAACUGGAGACUCUGAGGUCAGUAUUCCUGUAG